UCGUGGAAAGUGUUCUGAAUACCCGUUUCAUGAAAUGUUUCGCCGUUAUGCGGACCGUUACUGAGUAUGUGUGAACGAAAUAUUCAUUGAAUCCAUGGAAUAAUGUGUUCGUUUUGGAAAUUUAACAAAGUACGCAAUAAAACGCCAUACCGGACGUGCUGUGUGAUGGAAAUUGGUCGGUGGUAUAAUUUAUGACACGCUUAGCCUGUGAUGCGCUCGUUAGACAAUGGAUAAGUUUUUGCAGAUUGCCCCUCACUCCCUGGCCAUAGUGCUUGCUCGGGUCGGAAAUGAAGACUCGCCGCAGGUGUCGGAAAGCGAAAAGCCGCAGCAACACCACACUGGGUAUGAAAUAUUCGCGGACUUCAAAGCCGAGAACACGCAACACUUCUGGAAUCAAAAAGUUCCCGACGCCAUAUCGGAGACCUUUUUCCUGGGCUGGAUUGAUGAGCAUGUGCUGCUUAUCCAGGGGAAAGAAGAUCAUCUGGAGGUGUUGAGAGAAGGAUGGAUGAGGAGGUCUCUCAAACCGCCGCGAGGGUUCGAGAUCAAGUACCUGGGUGAUGUGUCGCCCAUCAGCAUGUCUCCCAUCAGCCAGUCGCAGUUCAUCCCGCUGGGGGAGAUCCUCUGCCUGGCCAUCUCAGCCAUGAACUCUGCGCGCAAGCCCGUCACACAGGAGGCCCUGAUGGAGCACCUAGCCACGUGUUUCCCAGGCGUCCCCACACCAAGUCCAGAGAUCCUCCGACACACGCUCAACAUGCUGGUGCGGGAGAGGAAGAUUUACCCCACCCCAGAGGGCUACUUCAUCGUUACUCCACAGACUUACUUUAUCACACCCUCCCUCAUUAGGACCAACAGCAAAUGGUACCACCUGGACGAGCGGAUACCUGACCGACCGCAGCAGCAGCAGCAGCAGCAAUGUACCUCUCCUCAGUCCGGAACAAUCACCCCAUCCACCUCAGGCUGCGUGAGGGAGAGACCCCACCACAAAAACCACUGCGACUCGUACAACAGCUACCGCGACGACAUGCCCAGCAUCCACGCCUCCACGCUGCAGAGGAAAUCGCCGAAGGACCUCAAGGACUCCUACCCGCCGCCUCCCCCACACCAGGCCCCCGCCACGGAAAAGAGCAAGAGCUCCAUCAACUUCCCCUUCAAGUCCGACACGCUGACCAAACACAAGGAAGGGGGCGGCAGCAGCAGCGGCGAGAAGCAGUCCAAAAAGUUUGGGCUGAAGCUCUUCAGGCUGAGCUUCAAGAAGGACAAAGCCAAGCAGCUGGCCACCUUCUCGGCCCAGUUCCCCCCGGAGGAGUGGCCCCUCCGGGACGAGGAGACGCCCACCGCCAUCCCCCGGGAUGUGGAGAUGGAGAUCAUCCGUCGGAUCAACCCAGACCUGACGGUGGAGAACGUGAUGAGGCACACGGCAGUGAUGAAGAGGCUGGAGGAGGAGAAGGCCCAGCGGAGCAAGGCGAGUUCCGCCCAGCACAGCGCCCGCAGCAGGAGGAGCCGGGGCCACCGGAAGGGGACGCAAGCGAAGUCCCGCUCGCAGAGCAAGACACGGGCGUCCAGGGGUGACCCCUCUGAGGGCUCCAAUUUAGACUUAGCGGGAGACCGGGAUUACAAGUUCUACAGCUCCUCGCUGGUGCGGUCGCCACGGGACGCCAUGUUUUCCAUGGAGCGCAACAGGGGGAAGUACUUGGUACACAGCAACCCCAACAUUGUCGAGUCCCACUUUCCCAUCACUCCCGAGUGGGACGUGUCGGGCGAGCUGGCCAAACGGAGGACAGAGAUGCCCUUCCCAGAGCCCUCCAGAGGGACGUCACACUUUAAGGUCCACCGCAGCCAUAGCCACACCCAGGACAGGAAGUCGCGCAAUGAGAGGUCAGACAAGGCCAAAGAGCGGUCCCGCUCCAUGGAUAACUCCAAGGGCCCUCUGGGGGCGGCGUCCAUGGGCACGCUGGAGGAUUUUGACUGCAGCCCUGACGACAGGAGCCGCUAUUACACCGAUGAUGGUACGCUAAGGGCAUCCCAGGUGCCCCACUACUCCCGAAUCAUGCUUUCUGCUGCUAGAUUUAACUCUGAGGUUUGUGUGCCUGAAAUUGGGAAGGGGAACCCAGACGACUCCAAGGUCUGUAGUGUACUGGAGAAAAACAAAAGCAGAGACAGUUUACCAGCCUACAGUGACCUGAAGACUUGCUCGCCUAAGCCCGCAGCUGAUGACUAUUUUCAGUGCAAUACAUCAAAUGAAACGGUCCUUACUGCUCCCUCCCCUCUAGGAAAGCCAGAUGCUGAUACCUUAACCAUCUCAGAUGGCAUCAAAAAGGGAUGCCCCUCUGACCGGCAAACCCCUCAUCUCACUUCUCCCCAUCCUACGGAGUACAAAGAGGAUACAACGAAGGGCCAGAAUGGCAUUAGUUUAACAGUGGCCAGCCAGACUCCGGAGCCAAUACCAAAUGGACGCUUAAUACACCAACACAACAUUGACCCUGGCAGCACGGACAAGAGGAAGGAGAUUUUUAGCAAAGACACUUUGUUCAAGCCCCCCCACAACGUGUUGACUGUCAGUUACGUGGAGAGCAGCCACCCAAAAUCAGGCACGCUGAGGAAAACUCCGCACAUGAAAUCAGUGGAGGUCCUCAACAACCAAGAGCACUUUGAGAAGCCGGCCCAGCUCUCGGUGUCCCCCGGCGCGGCCGCUCAGCAGGCCUCCGAGCAGGCCUCCGCCGCCGAGGCUGCCUUCGACUACUACAACGUGUCGGACGACGACGACUCGGAGGAGGCCACGCACAAGAACGCGGAGGAGGACAAGAGCCGGGAGGGGGGCGGGACCAUGCAGUGGCUGCUGGAGAGAGAGAAGGAGAGGGAGCUGCAGCGCAAGUUCGAGAAGAACCUCACCCUCCUGAGCCCAAAGGAAAGCGAAAACAACAACAGCCAAAAAUCUGCCCACUCGGCCCGCCUGGACAGCAUGGACAGCAGCAGCAUCACAGUAGACAGUGGAUUUAACUCUCCACGCACGCGGGAGAGUCUCGCCUCCAAUACCUCCAGCAUCGUGGAGAGCAACAGACGUCAGAACCCUGCCCUGAGCCCUGGACACAUUGGCACCAGCAGCGGCCCGCUAUUCAGCUUUCGGACCGGACCAGAGCCCCCCACUACGCAACCCGAGAAACUACAAAAACCUUCAAACUGUUUGGCGUCCAUCACCAGUGUCUGACAGUGAAGAGGACCACCCUAUCCCACCCCACACCUCCUCCC